AUGCGACACGGGGAGCCCGUGCGGCCGGGCGAGGCGGGCCAGCGGGCCCUGUACUUCUGCGGGAGCAUCCGCGGCGGACGCGAGGACUUGGUGCUGUACGGACGGAUCGUGGCGCGGCUGCGGCGCUUCGGAACGGUGCUCACCGAGCACGUGGCGGCUGCCGAGCUGGACGCGCGCGGUGAAGAGGCUGCUGGGGGUGAUAGGCUUAUCCAUGAGCGGGACCUGGCCUGGCUGCAGCAGGCAGAUGUGGUUGUGGCAGAAGUGACACAGCCAUCCUUGGGUGUAGGCUAUGAGCUAGGCCGGGCCGUGGCCCUCAAUAAGAGAAUCCUGUGCCUGUUCCGCCCACAGUCUGGUCGAGUGCUUUCAGCCAUGAUCCGGGGACUGGCAGAUGGCUCGAGAUUCCAGGUGUGGGACUAUGAAGAAGGAGAGGUGGAGGCCCUGCUAGAUCAAUACUUUGAGGUUCAGCCUCCCCAGCAGGUGGCAGACCCAACCACUUGACUUAAUCCCACUUAUAAGUUCUGAUCCCAGACACUGCUGCAAUACCAUUCCUGUCUCUUAGUCCCAGUAGCAAAUUAAAAGGUAUGUUGAAAAUUCUAA